AUGGGUUCGCAAAAUUCAAGACCUGGAAAAGUUUUACCUGUUAUUAAUGAGUCAUUAGAUAGUGAAGCUCAUGAGCAGUUUCGAUAUUUACUAGGUCGUAGAUUUCAUAAUGUAUCUGAUAUUACCUAUGAUCUACCAAAUGACGAGGAUGAAACUCCUCAAUUAGAAGAAAGAUGUAAUGUUCUGGAUGUUGGAUGUGGACCAGGCACAUGGGCAAUAGAGAUGGCGAUGAAUUAUGAAAAAUCCUCUUUCAUCGGUAUAGAUAUUUCACCAAUAUUUCCAAUGGAAAUCAAACCCAAUAAUGUUAAUUUUGAAGAAGGAAAUAUUAUGGAUGGAAUCCCUCAUCCUGAUGAAUCAUUUGAUUUUGUACAUAUGCGAUAUAUGUUUCCAUCUUUUACACAAUCUCAAUGGGAAGAAAUAGUCAUGAAUGAAAUUGUACGUGUUGUCAAAAUUGGCGGUUGGUUAGAACUAUGUGAAUAUGAAUUAUGCCAAGAUUGUGGUCCGGUGUUGGAAAAUUUAUUGUCUGCUCGCAGGGAAAUGCUCAUCAAGGAGGGAAGAAAUCCAGAUGUUGCUCAGAUUAUUGGAAAAUUAAUGAGAGAUACACAACAUUUUGAUGAUAUCUGUCAUAAAACAAAAGAAGUUCCAAUUGGCUCAUGGGCUGGCAAGAUAGGAGAAGUGGGAAGGGAUAAUAUCAUUACCCGGAUGAUCGGAAUAAAACCAGCCCUAUCUCCAUUCAUGAAUAUUUCUUCUGAACAAUAUGAUGAAAUGAUGCAAAAAAGUAUUGAAGAGUUUAAUGAAUAUAAAACAUUUUUCAUUACUUCUAGAUGGUAUGCUAAAAAAAAAGCUAAAAACACAACAUAA